AUGGGGAGUUCACUUCCCAACCUUGAAUGGCUUGUUUUGGCUGAAAACAGAAUCAGUGGCCCAAUUCCAAGCUCUAUCACCAAUGCUUCUAAACUUAUCAUCUUGGACAUGCCUGGCAACUCAUUCAGUGGCUCCAGACCCUUCUUUGGUAAUCUGAAGCUCCUAGAACUCCUAGAUGUUGCCAGAAGUACAUCUGGCAACAUCUCGGGUGUCAUUCCUUCUGAAAUAGGAAACAUUAGUAGUUUGCUAAACAUAUUUUUGGAUGGUAAUCAUCUGAGUGGUGCCAUUCCACCAACAAUAGGAAAAAUGAAGCAACUCCAAAGACUAUAUCUCAGUGACAAUCAAUUGAUAGGUUCUAUCCCUAACGAUCUUUGUCGAUUGUAUCAUUUGGAGGAGUUGAGCCUUGCUCGUAACAUGCUUGUGGGUCCAAUACCUGAAUGUUUGGGUGAUGUUAAAUCCUUGAGACUCAUCAACUUAGGUUCCAACCUAUUGAAUUCUACCAUCCCUCCUAGUUUGUGGAUUAUUACAGACCUUGUGAUUCUGAGCUUGUCUUCCAAUCAUUUGAGCGGUCAGUUGUCGUCUCAAGUUGAUAAUUUAAAGAUGAUAAACUCUUUGGAUUUGUCAUCUAAUAAAUUUUCAGAUGUUAUUCCCAGCUCAAUUCUUGGUUGCGAAUCACUAACAUUUCUUAGCUUAUCAAAUAAUAUGUUUAGUGGAUCCAUUCCUCAAUCAUUUGGAGAUGUUAAGGGAUUGACUACAUUGGAUUUAUCUUACAAUAAUCUUUCUAGACCAUCUUUCUUGAAAACUUUAAUGUUUCAAACAACAAACUGGAGGGAAAAAUUCCAGAUGGGGGGUAACUUUCAUAACUUCACUGCUCUGUCUUUUUCCCACAACUUAGAUCUUUGUGGUCCAAUCCAAUUUCAAGUUGCACCUUGCCCAGAAAAUCAUCAUGGAUUAUGGUUGAAGAAACUCAUGGUGCCGACGGGGAUUUUAGUUGUCAUUGUGGUGAUUGUAAUGCUUGUUCUCAUGAGGAUGCGUAAACGGAAAAAAGUAGAACUCUCAGCUAAUAUUUCAACUAUGGAAUGCGGAAUAUUUUCUUACAUAGAACCUGAACGAGGAACAAGUUCAUUUAGUGUAAUCAAGCUACUUGGAAGAGGUAGUUUUGGUUCUGUAUACGAAGCAAUACUUUCUGAUGGGUGA